AUGGCCCGCCAAAAUUUCGUAGGCCUGGUUGUCUCACAGGGCAAGAUGCUCAAAACAGUCAAAGUUCGUGUGGAAACCAAAGUGUUCAACCACCGCAUCAACAAAGAGCUUUUCAGCAGAAAAGACUAUCUGGUGCACGACGAAGAGGGCGUCUCGCGUGAAGGUGACUUGGUGCGGAUCGAAGCCACCAGGCCACUGUCAAAACGCAAGUUUUUCAGCAUAGCCGAAAUUCUCAAAAACAAAGGUCAACAGUUUGCACUGUUCGAGUCCGAAGCAAAGAUUCAGGUGUCACAACAAGAAGCCGAAAAAACCCGCGAAUUUUUGAGCAGGCGUAAGGCCCACGAAUCCGACGACAGUAUUCUGCUGAGAGACAUCCACACUAUUCAAAAUGCGUUGUCUCAGGGCAAAGACGCCGAGGAGCUCGUUGAAAUCAAGGCCCGGUACGGAAUCGAGCAGUUCACGCCCGAAACGUUGCGCCAGCUUUUACAAUUGGACGUUUUGGCUCUAGAAUCCCAGGUUGACGCACAGAAAACCAAAAUUGAUACCGCCCAGCAACGUGUCCGUGAACUACUGGAAAACGGUCAAGAAUGCGACUCGUGGCUGGCACAGCGCGGUGUUGAAAAUGCAGCGAGCUUAAAGCCAAAUAUCAAGCGAAAUUUGCUACGCAAGCAUGUUUUGCAAGAACUCUAA